AUGGCGCCGAAGAGCCUUGUCCUCGCCUCUCUGCUCAUCGUCGUCGUCGUCUCCGCCAGGCAGCUGCCCCGCGGUGCGGCGGGGCUGGGGGCGAGCCCCAACACCAACACCAGCUUCGUCGUCUCCGGCAUCGUGCCAUGCGCCACCGGGAACUCCAUCAACCUGGCCACGGUCCCGUCGUUCCCCAACGCCCUUGUGCAGCUCGUGUGCGGCAGCAACGUAGUGGGCAGCACGACGACGGACAGCACCGGGGCCUUCCUCUUCAGCCAAAGCAGUGCCAGCAGGGAUCUGGUCGCCGCCAUUCUGGGCAACCUGUGCAAGGUGGUCGUGGCCACCCCACUUGGCGCGUGCGACAAGUUCCUGGCCGGAGCCACCGGGACGCUGUCGGCGCCGCUGAAGCUCCUGGACAUCACCACGGGCAGCGGCAGCGGCAGCGACCUCGGUGGUCUCUUCGGCGGGAUCAUCGGUCUCGUUGGGCAGAUCCUCGGCGGCCUCAUUGGCGGCAUCCUCAACCUCGGCACCCAGUCCUUCUCAUUCGUCUAA